AUGCGAACAAUCGAAUACUUCACUCGAUCGAAGUACAAGACUUGAAAAGAAAAAUGUACAGAAAUAGUACUAAUGGAGUGGCUUUGUUAAUCGAUGAAGAAGGACCUGUUAAAAUUGAAGGAAUUGUAAAUUCAAACUUGAGAAUCGUACCGUACGAGUCGGGAAGGGCGGAUAGAGAUGGAAUAAUACCUCAUCAAAUUCUGGAAGUUAUAAGUGACAAAAACUCUUUUGGCCAUGACGAAGUCAUGCCUAUGGGUGUUAAAGAAACUAUGGAGAAAGUGGAGAGAAUGGCCAGAGACGAUCAGUGCAUAGUGGUGGAAUAUUUGAUCUUAGCAGAAAGUAACUUUACCAAAUAUUUCAAUACAAAUAAAGGUCUAGUAAACUAUAUUUCUCGCCUGUUUAUUGAGGUACAAAACAUGAUUGAUACGUUAGAAUUGGGAAUAAAACUUUCUGUGCUCGGAAUUACAAAGUUCACGAAAACAACGGAUCCAUCUUAUAUACAAGAUAGUGUAAUUUCGGGUUACGAACGAUAUCUUCAUGCUUCGGCGUUACUUUUUAAUAUGGCACACUAUUACUGUCAUCAUGCUACUGGUUUGGCUGUAGAUGCUGAUAUUAUCAUGCUAUUUGUCCAUCGUAAAAUUGGCUCGCUAAAUCCUGAUAAUACAGUUAAAUUUAAUGUACUAGGCGUUGCGCACACAACCGGUGUUUGCAAGAAAUGUCUUAAAGUUGGCAUCGUCAGUCUCUAUCCACUCAAUUAUCAUAGAGCUAAUAUAGUAGCACACGAAUCAGCACAUUUAAUUGGAAGUCCGCACGAUGGGGAAGAUUNUCACAAUGUUUCUGAAUUUACAUACUGUAUAUCAAUCGAAGUACAAGACUUGAAAAAAAAUGUACAGAAACAGUACUAA